UGAGCAGACCCUGCCAUGGAGGUUUUCGGGGAGGCGGCGCCGUACCUGCGCAAGUCAGAGAAGGAGAGAAUAGAAGCCCAGAACCAGCCAUUUGAUGCCAAGACCUACUGCUUUGUGGCUGACCCCGAGGUGGAGUACACCAAAGGGAAGAUCAAGGCUGCACAGGAUGGGAAGAUAACUGUGGAGACAGAGGAUGGCAGAACAGUUGCUGUCAAACCUGAUGAUGUGUAUGCCAUGAACCCACCCAAGUUUGACAGAGUGGAGGAUGUGGCCAUGCUGACCCACCUGCAUGAACCUGCCGUGCUCUACAACCUCAAGGACCGCUACAGCUCCUGGAUGAUCUAUGUAAGUUCCCUCUUCUGCCAAAGGAGAAAACACAGCCACAGGAGCUGGACUUCAGUGUUCACUCUGUUCCAUUUUUUCCUGGCAGACCUACUCGGGUCUCUUCUGCGUCACUGUCAACCCCUACAAGUGGCUGCCCGUGUACAACCCGGAGGUGGUGUUGGCCUACCGAGGCAAGAAGCGCCAGGAGGCCCCUCCACACAUCUUCUCCAUCUCUGACAACGCCUAUCAGUUCAUGCUGACUGGUGAGUUUUGCUAUUUUGAUCAGAAU